UGCACUUCUGCCAUGCAACCGUUGACGUCUUUUUGGACGUCGUUGGCACUACAACACUUUCAGUAACAGUGCGCCAGAGAAAUUGUGCGCUAUAUUUACAAACCUUUUUGGUUUAGUUACGUGUUUAAAGCAAUAAUGAAACCGUCCUUGGACUCUGACGAGGAGGAGGAAUUAGGAGCAUUGCAGAAGACAUUAAGAGAGCGAGCCAACCGCAGUAUCCAGCACCUCUCCAGCAUGCUGGCCAGCCACAGCUCUGCCUCUGACUCUGAGUGUUCAGAACCAAAGCAGCAGCAGGAGAAGCUCAGCCCUCUGCUGCAAAACCCUCCUAUACCAGUUCAACAGAGUGAAGCAGUCAGUCAGCUGUGUUCCUUACUUCAAAAGCAGUCCAAAGAUGCAAAUGUUGCAUCCCCUUCUCCUUCCAAGAGGAAAUUAACUGGAAAGCAAAGAGCCACAGACGAGGGCAAUAGCAGUUUGCCUGGUGUUCACGACUUGGUUCCCAUCAUCCACAAUCAGUCUGAGUACAUUCAACACCUGGAGGCUGAGGUCAAGUUCUGCAAGGAUGAACUUCUUGGAAUGAAACAGAGAGUGAGAGUGGUGAUUGUGGAGAAUGAGAAACUACACGAGGAGCUGAAAGCAAAGGCGGUUGAAGAAACUCUUAAAGAAUACACAUUUGUAGACAGCACAUUAAAUAUGGAGUGCACACCAGAAAAGACUUCAAAGCAAAGACUUGACUCCAUUAAUCAAGCUGAGGACCACAAAUGGAAGAAAGAAAUGGAGCAGCUGAAGUGUCUCUAUCAAGCACAAACUGAGACCCUGGAGGCUCAAGUGGUCUCCCUGAAGAAAGACUUGGUGAGCAUUCAGAAGGCAUAUGAGGAAACGAAAGAACGACUGAGGCACAAAGAAGCAAUGGCUGUGGCGACGGGCAGUGGUCAGCGUGUGGGUGGUCUGUGUCUGAAGUGUGCCCAGCAUGAAGCAGUCCUGGCAGAGACGCACUCUAAUGUUCAUGUACAGAGCAUUGAAAGACUUACUAAAGAGCGGGAUGAGCUGACGACCGUGCUCUGCUCUCUGAGAGCCAGUCAGACUGAGGCCCAGCAGAGAGAGUGGGCCGCCUAUCAGCAGGUCAAACAGGCGGUGGAGAUGGCAGAAGAGGCAAACCUGGAGAAGACAAGAGCGUUGGUGCAGUGUGAGCACUUCCACAAUGAGCUGACUAGACAGAGGGAGAGGCUGGAAAGAGAGAAGGCAUCUGAACAGGAGAAGAUCUCCCAGGCCAGGGAGGCAGCGCGUUUAGAGAGCAAGAAAGAGAAAGAAGAGCUUGCCCAGACUGUGACCAGUCUCUCUCAGAGAGCGGCUGAAUUGGAGGGUCUGCUGGAGAGGGGAGAGAGAGACCGGAACUCACUCAAUGGCCAGCUGGAGGAAGCUUAUAAGAAGCUCACAGCACAGGAAACGGAAAGCAGCAAGGUGUGUGCGGAGCUGCGUUUUCUGUUGAGCCAGGCCCAGCUGAAGAAAGAGGAGAAGGAGAGAGAGGUGAGAGACAUCAGCUCCAAACUGGGACGUCAGCUAGAACUGGCUAAGCAGGAAGUACAGAAGUUGGGUGUGGAGCUGAACGGUUGCCGGCAGCGUUUGGAGGAUGCCCAGAGGGCAGAGGGCCGAGCUCGGGCGGAGGCAGCCGGCCUGGCUGAGGGGCUAAGCCGCGCCCAGCGCCAACUGCACCUCACCAGGUAACCCCCUUAAUCCUAUUACAUGCCACAACACUGCGCCCGUCCACUGGCCCCAGUGCAGUGCCAGCACACCGGCAGGAGGGCACCCGCACUUUAUUAAAUCGCCACUAGCCACCGGCUGCCACCGCCACAGUCCACCACGCACCAGGAGAA